AUGUUAAGACCUCAAACCAGGUUGGUAUAUACGCCAAUAAGGCUUCUAUCACAAACCAGCAGAGCUCAAUUUCAAGUCAAAACUUCCAUUCUCGACAAGCACAGAACCCAACCAGAUGUUGUUGAAUCACCUACACAUAUGGCUCAAGAAUCACAUUUGCCAACAGUAGAGCAAGACUUGAAAAUCAAGCCUCGUCAACCGAAAGCCAAGGCUCCAUUUUUAUCCAAAGCAGAAGACGAUCCAAAUAACGCUAGACUAUCGUUGUUCAAAGAAAAGCUUGGACAGUGGAUCGUGUCUACUUUCUCUAUCGAUAUGGAUAAAUCAAGAAGUGGACCAGUUGGUGGUGGGAUUUAUUUUGGUGAAUGCAAAAGACAAGCCUUGGUGUACCCUAAUGAGCCAUUAAGUGAUACCGCUAGAUUUUAUUUCCAAACAUUGGGGUUACCGGUGUCGUUUUCACAACAAGUACAAAUUACCAUUUUACAUUAUUGGAUCCUUUCAGUACGGAUGAGAGCUCUACCUUUUAAAUAUGCCAAGCAGUAUCAACAGAAGUUAGUCGAUCGUAUAUUUGAAGAUUUACUGUCAAGAAUGACGACUGAGUUGGGUAUAAAAUCGGGUCGAUUGAUUGAAGGAUAUUUAAAAGAUUAUCAUACUCAAUUAUUGGGAAGUGUAUUGAGUUACGAUGAAGGGUUGAUGACUGACGAUAUAACAUUAGCCGCGGCAUUGUGGAGAAAUGUGUUCAAUGCAAAUGAUAAUGUUGAUAUAAGACAUGUUGAGGCGUUGUUGGUUUAUGUGAGAUCACAAUUGUAUGUCUUGAAUAAAAUGACUGAUAGGGCAUUUGGAUUUGGGAAAUUCAAAUUUGUUCCCCCAGAUCAAGUAGUACAGCCAAUUUCCAAACUGCAAGAAGAGUUGAUCAAACAAAAGACCAAGGAAGAGUUCGCUAGUAUGACAUUACCAUCUCAAAAAUCAGUGUUGUCAAUGGAUGAAUAA